AAAAUUGAGCUAAUCAAGAUGAAAUUCGCAAUCGUAUUCGCUGCCGUCGUGGCUGUAGCCUGCGGUGGGCUCCUGAAGCCCUUGGACUCCAACAUGGCCGAGCUGGAAGCCAUCGUGGCCGCCAUUCAGAGCCCCAGCACCGACCCCGCCACCGCCGCGCUGCUCGAACAGCAACUGGCUGAUCUGCUGGCCGAAUUCUUCCCCCAGCCUGAGCCUAUCGUCGUUGAAGAGCCGUCUCCGGUCCAUGUCGGGCUCCCUAUCCUUGACUUCCCUCUUCCUGAUGGCGGCGCCGUGACCGCCGUGCAGCCUGCGUCCCCCGCUCUUGUGCCCGCUCCUAUCGUCAACCCCACUCCCGCCGCCGGUGAUGCCGCCGCUCCCUUAGUUCAGAUCAUCCUUAACAUCAACCAGGCCAGCUCUGGCGCCGCGCCUGUGGCCCCUGCUCCCGUCGAGACCCCCGUCAUCGACGUCCAGCCCGUGCAGGUCGUCGAGGAGGCAGUGAACGAGGAGACCAUCGUGCCCACCCCCGUGGUGGUCGUGGACUCCGCUCCCGAGCCCGUGCAGGUGGUGGACGUGAUUCCCGAGCCCGAGCCCGAGGUAGAGUCCAUCCAGAUCGGCGUCCCCAUCGUCCCCAUCCCCGUCGUCAACAUCCCCAUUGACCUCAACUAAACGAUGAAACUGAACAAUACUGGAUUUGAAGAGGAUUUCUUCGCUUUAACAUCUAGCGAUUGCAGCUAGCUUUAGGUUGGCUUCGAAUUAGCUUAAUUAAAAUCAGUGACAGAAAUAUUUGUAUA